AUGGAUGAGCUCUAUGUGUUUCUCCUUGACUGCGGUGUGUCUUGUAAGGAAUAUGUGUUGAGUCGUAUGCAUGAUUUCCGAGAACUGCUUGGCGUUUGGCAUCAAAUUGCCUUGAGGAUGUUUAAAAGUACGUUUUUGGCUUCCGCUGCCAUAUUUAUUGUGGUCCUUGUUGUGUUUUUUACACUCAUCGGAUGUGUUGCCUUUUCACUUGUCGGCUCAGUGACUAUACGGCACUAUAUCCUGUCGCACGCCCCUGGAAAUCAGCUAAUGUCACUUACAUUCAAUACAAUGCCGUUUGAGACGGAAUUAUGGCGAUUGCGCAAGGUGGAUGCCAUCGUGUCACAUCUCACAUCCCAACCGGAGUCAUUGCUCCAACGCAGCGACGACUCUCUCGUUGUAUCCACGAAGGAAACGACCGACAAACAACUGACAUCUUCCGUUGCGGGGCAGGCUGCCUCUCUUAAAAUGUCACUCAUAGAGCAGUACGUUAAAAACACACUGGCGACAAGCACGUUGAUUAUUCCUUCAUUGGCU